AUGAGCGAAUUUUAUUGUAACGAGUCUUUCCAGUAUUAUCCCUCCAAGCGAGACUUCAAAGAUCUUCGGUCAACCAUUAUCGCCAACUGUAUCUUCAACAGUUUUCUAACUCAUACUGCCAUCAUGUUGAACAUUGUGACAAUUUAUGCGAUACACACAGCUGCAACAAUUGCAAAACCUUUAAAAACGCUUCUUCUGCACCUAGCCUUUUCUGAUGUGGCUGUCGGUUUCUUAUGUCACCCAGUUUACACUUCACUUCUUGUCAAGUGGUUACAAAUGGAGAAUCCAAGCUGUAACGUUUACCGAAUCCUAAGUAAUUCUGGCCAUUUAUUAGCAAUUGCGUCGUCUUUAGGUGUUGUGGCUGUAAGUAUGGACAGGUUCUUAGCUGUUCAUCUUCACCUCAGAUACCAAGAGCUUGUGACUCACAAGCGUGUUGUUUAUAUGGUGAUCUCAAUAUGGGUGUACAGUAUAUUUGUUUCUUCAAUGACAUUGUGGGGGCUACGUAGAACUCCAAAUGCUUUUAGUUCAGUUACUGUAGCUAUCGGCUUUAUUCUCAUAUUUGCAUUCUAUAUCAAGAUUUAUUUAACUGUCCGAAAGCACAAGAAUCAGAUACAGUCCAUGCAAAUUCGAGAAGAAGCUCAGUCAGAUGAGAUAAAAAAAUUUGCUGCCCUCAUUAAAUCUACGAUUAGUAUUUUCUACGUAGCUAUCGUGUUUGCAGUUUGUCAUCUGCCUUUUCACAUUUGCUCGGUUGGUUUUAAAAUCUCUGGCUCGAGCAUUGCUUUAAAAAAAUUUAAUCUUCUCUCAGUGACCCUCAUCUUUCUUCAUUCAUCACUGAACCCUGUCAUCUACUGUUGGAAGAUGAGACAUGUUCGACACGCUAUCAUAAACAUACUUCGCAAGAUGUCUCGGAGCAGAAAUCAGCCACCCCGCCUAAUUUUCAAUCGGUCUUCAAGGGUCGUUCCUGAUAAUUACUGA